UCCUAUAAUUAACCGUUUUAGAAAAUUAUAAAAAUGAAUAACGUUUGGUAAAGUUUGAGGAUUAAAAAUUGGGCAUUUUAUUGGUUCAAAAAGUUGUAGCAUGUUGAAUUUUGCCUAUCAAAAACUUGGUGCAUGAGAGAUUUUUUUCAUAAAUAAAUGAAAACGAUUUAUUUUUAAUAAUAAUGAAACUCAGAUUGACUGUAUAGAUUUUCUGCCUCUGAAAUUUCAAAUACGAAUUUCAAGAACUCGAACUAUUGAAUGAUAAAAUAAAAAUUUCAAUAAACAUUACAGAAAAACAAAGUGCCAACGCGCCAAGUUAAUAGAGGGAGAAAUAAAAGACAGUUGGCAUUGACAUGACUGGUAAAAGUAAGUCGCCGACAGUUUUUACCCCUUUUCUUAGCAAACGAGUCUAAUUUCACACUGGCACUACCCAUUAACUUCCGGCAAUUUCCGGCUGCGAUUUACUCUCUGAGAGGCUUUUGUUUCCAUUGAUGUAAUGUUGAUCCCGAACAACCAACCCACUGAUCGCGGUGUAACAAAAAUUCACCAACAUUUAUAUAUUCCGACUAAACAGUCCAAACAUCAUCAUGUCCGGUUAUCAUAAGAAAUUUGAUAACUGCAAUAACGAUGGACCAGACGCCCAGCUUCGUAUUGCUGUGCAACGAAGAGAUCGUAAGUUGGCAAAAUCACUUUUGAACAAUGGUGCUCAGAUAAAUUAUCCUCACGCAAGACCUUGUGCCACAAUAAUUCAUUUAGCUGUGAUGAAUCAUGAUGUCAAUGUUGCUAGACAGCGGAGCUUAUUUAAACAAACAAAACACAUGCGGUGAAACUGCACUUCAUUUAGCUACGAUCGAUCGUGAUGUAGAAAUGGUGAAAGUGUUGCUAGACAAAUGCAUUUAUUCCGAUUAUUUAGAUAUUAAAGACAAUAACGGUAAAACUGCACUUCAUUUAGCAGCUGAAUGCGGCUCUGAGCCAAUAGUUAAAUUACUUGUCAACAAAGGAGCCAACGUAAACACCAUUGCUAGAGAUCAUUCAAGGCCCAUCGAAAAAGUUAUUUCGACUUGGAGAAAUAAUAUCUUUAAAUUACUCGUAUGUCAUGGUGCUUAUGUUGAUAUUACACUCAGUGAUGGUGAAUCACUACUCCUUAGAGCAAUUAAAAGCUGUGAACCAUCUACCGUUAAGUGUAUUCUUGAAAAAUCUUCAAUUGAUAAAAAUAUAAACAAAACCUGUCUUACAACAGCAGUACUUCAGGGAAAUGAAGAAAUUGAACAGCACUUGAUUAAGCAUGGUUUCGAAGUUGAACCUCAAUGUGUUAAUAAUUCAAAAUUUUUUCACGCUAUCGUUGCAAGAGGAUAUACCAAAUUCGUAACUGAUCUUUUGGCAAUGGGUGCAGAUGUUAAUGCACUCCGUCAAGAAACAACUAAAUAUACCCUUCUUCAUACUGCUUGUAUAAAUCGAAAAUGAGAAAUGGCUAGAUUAUUAAUACAGCAUGAUAUUAACUUAAAUGUAAAAGAUCAUAAAGAAAAAACGGCAAUUUUUUAUGCCGUAAAAAAUGGCGAUUUUAAUAUCGUAAAGUUGUUGAUAACUAACGGAGCUUGU